AUGACUGGCACAAGAUCAAAUACGAUGAAAGAGAUAACUAUUAAUUGGCAACAGUCCCGAAAUGGAAGACUAUCGUCAAAAUUUGGGAGCAAUAUCACGCUUGCAGACGAAAGAACUAGAGGAGAAUUCGUUUUAUCAACUAAAAAGCUCACAAAGCUGAAUUCAGUUAAUCCGUUGGCCACCUUCAUUCAUCAAGCUGACAGAAACGGUAAGCAGCAGCCUAUUCUUACGAGUUCCUGUGGCUUACUCAGCGAAAGAUCAAAUGCGAUGAGAGCUCAGCAGCGAGGGAGCCUCAACAACAGAUUCGUCAGUUUUCAGUCGGUGUUCGGUCCCUAUCAUCAAAAACACAAACAGAAAGAAUCUCUUUUGAACAGCAAUACCAUUAAGCUGCGUCCGAGUCUAUUACCUCCCACCUCUCCUUGUGAGGUGAAUAGAAAAUGUUUGAUUUUGGAUCUGGAUGAAACAUUGGUACAUUCAUCGUUCAAAUCAACUGACACUCAUGACUACACCAUUUUGAUUGACCUCGACGGUACCGCCUACACCGUCUUUGUGUGCAAGCGGCCUGGGGCCGAAAACUUUCUGGCUAAUAUGGCCAAAACCUAUGAAAUUGUUGUCUUUACAGCAAGCCUCAGCGCGUACGCAGACCCAGUGCUUAAUAAGCUAGAUCCGAAUGGUGCUAUCAGCUACCGGCUUUAUCGCGAGCAUUGUGUUCAGUACAAGGGCAAUUAUGUUAAGGACCUUUCGCUUCUCAAUCGUGAUAUCUCCAAAACCAUUCUCAUCGACAAUUCGCCAAUGGCAUAUGCUCUUCAUCCUCGUAACGCCAUCGGCUGCUCCAGUUUUAUCAACGAUCCAAAUGACUGCGAGCUCGAUUCUAUCGCACGCUUUCUUCAUAAGAUCCAGGAUGUGAAAGACGUUCGUGAACACUUGCACCUUUGGAGUGCACAUUUCUGA